UGUCAGUUGGAAGAAAGAGGAAGACGCUACGGAGCGCUGAGAAAACGGUUUGCUGAGUUCAGAGAUCAAACGCCAGCUCUGAGAGUCAGAAGUUCUGUCUGCCAGGGAAAUGCUGCCUUUGUCACUUCUGUUGCUCGCGGUUCUCGUCCCAGGUGGUGACAGCGAGCCGGCUUUCCAGGGGCCAACCACUUUCCACCUCAACCAGAUAUCGUCCUUUGCCAACAGCACCUGGGCACAGAACCAGGGCUCCGGCUGGCUGGGCGACGUGCAGAUCCACGGCUGGGACAGUGAGUCGGGCUCGGCCAUCUUCCUGAAGCCUUGGUCCAAGGGCAACUUGAGUGACGAGGAGGUGACUGAGCUGGUGGAGCUGUUCCGGGUGUAUUUGAUCGGAUUCAUCCGGGUGGUACAGGAUCACGUCAGUGAGUUCCAGCUGACAUAUCCCUUUGAGAUCCAGGGCACAGCAGGCUGCGAGCUGCGUGAGGGGAAGGCCACAGUCAGCUUCCUGCGGGGAGCCUUAGGGGGAGUGGAUUUCGUGAGCAUCAGGAAUGGGACAUGUGUGCCUGCUGCGGAGGGCGGCAGCCGCGCCCAGUGGUUCUGCACACUCUCCUCUCAGUACCAAGGCAUCGCUGACAUCAUCCAGAAGCUCCUCUACCACACCUGCCCCCGGUUUCUCUGGAGCGUCCUCGAAGCAGGGAAGGCAGAGCUGCAAAGGCAAGUGAAACCCAAGGCCUGGCUGUCCAGUGGCCCCCCUCCUGGUCCUGGCCGACUGCUGCUGGUGUGCCACGUCUUAGGAUUCUACCCCAAGCCUGUGUGGGUGAUGUGGAUGCGGGGGCAGCAGGAGCUGCCGGGCACUCAGCAAGGGGACUUCCUGCCCAAUGCUGACGGGACGUGGUAUCUCCGAGUGACCCUGGACGUGGCGGCUGGGGAGGCAGCUGGCCUGACCUGCCGAGUGAGGCACAGCAGCCUCGGAGGCCAGGACAUCGUCCUUUACUGGGGAAAUUCUACCUCCCUCACUGUGAUAGUUUUGGCAGUGAUAUUGCCCACCUUGAUUCUUUUGAUAUGUCUUGCUUUAUGGUUUUGGAGGCGCUGGUCAUAUCAGAAUAUCCCGUGAGAUGUUAUCAUGUCUCCUUGUACCUGUUUGGAAUAAGGACUCAGAAGACAAGAAGUUCAAGUUGUCAGCCCAGGAGUCAAUCUCAUCAUCUUUAAUCAAAGAAUUAUCAUAUUUGAUCAACUCAGGGUUCCCAUAGGUUGUGAGAUAUAUCAUCAUUUAGACACUGACAGAAAAAUCGUUAAGAACUCUGAAUUUAUUAUAUGAUAGUAUCAAUAGUAGGCUCCAUCCAGGUUUAAUAAAUAUGAGAUGUGAGAAAGGAUGUAUCUUGGAAUAAAUAAAAUAAAGUACAGAUGGUCCU